ACCAUUUCUCGUGAAACCAUCAUACGUUAAGGUUGUCAGAAGAAUUUGUCUGUGUUUCCAGGAAUAUUGCAACCUUCUUCCUUCAUUAGACAUGACCAUGGGAGCUCCGUCCGAAAGGAAGUGUUCACAGAGGAACCGUAUUAAAUACACGACUGAACAGCUUGAACGUCUGGAGAGAGAGUUCGGCAUUUCCCACUACCCUGACACCGCUACAAUGGAGAACCUGGCUUUUGGACUAAACGUCAGCCUCGACCGAGUGUCGAUAUGGUUCCAGAACAGGCGGUCCAAGUUCAAGCGUCAGUCCAAAGACAGUCAUGUGACAUGGAUGAGGAAGCAGAUCUUUAACCAGGACACAUCUUCCACUUCCUGCCGCGUCGUCCAACCGAAGUUUGUCCCCCAGCGGCACGUGCUCUCUGCGCCUGCGUACCCUCUCAGUGGUAGAAGGGACUUGGCCUGGCACAUGCGACCAUCCUCCAAUCUUCAUUAUCUCCCGUCGGCACCAGCCAUCUUUGACCAGCUGGCAGAUGCCCACCAUGGUCAGUCACCACCGUCAAGAGGAAAUGGUUGCCCUACUUCACCGGAAACAGCGUUCUACACAUACUCUCAGUGCUCGGACCCAGGAAGUCAAUCACCGCCACAGUCACCACCAGGGUCUUCACCUAUGACGUCACCACUGUCAACACAUGCGCUGAUGAUGUCACACCUGAUGAAUGAAGGUCACCAGAUGGUUACCUCUACCAGUUCCUACCAGACAUGUGCCAAUCAAACUCCGCCCAGCUGUGUGUUCGCUGACUAUAACAACCCCAUGCCUCUCUACCCACCAUGCUCAACGCCCUUCUCGUCCCGUCCUCAGCUGACUGGAGUGUGACACUACCAGACAACUUCUAGUUAAUAUCACAGAAUGUGCUAUGAUACUCAGUGACUGAUAUGAAUGUGUUCCGUCUUACUUUAAAACGGAAAUUAUCUGUACAGUGUUGUGUAAAUAACUAGUAAUUAUUUGGCAGAUGGUCUGUAUGUACAUUGUUUUUGUUAUUAUAGUCUCGUUCAGACAGUCUCUCGUUGGCUUCACGAGAAUACUCUUAGCUUUUCUUUGGCUCCGCAAGACUGUGCCUAACCUCUCGUUGGAACUCAACCAAGACUCGUAUUGCGAACGUGAAGUUGGAUGGAGGAGACUAUAUACUAUAUUGACAAUCGGGAACCGUCGGCACUUUCUGUAAACGAAAAAAGUUCCCGAUUGCUAUAUUGAUUGCUUAAUGACUUCCGGUAUUUAAAUCAUAAUUAAUAUUAAAACCAUGCAUUCAAAUCAGAUAUAUUGCAUACAAACAGUGGGAAAUUAAAAGCAGUCUCGUUUCGGUGCGCUUCAAAGUUCCAAGAUGCUAACUAACGGUAUUUGUGUGGUAUAAGGCGAACCUACUUUCAAAUACAACGGUUUCAUGUGUUAACAAAAUGUUAACAUAGAAAUGUAUUAAUUCUCUUCAAACUUCUUCCAUGUCAUUCUCAAAAUGAUGAUUGUUUUUUAUUGAAUUAUCACCGGAACAAAAUGCUGGGCUUCAGCACAGAAUCUGUGUUUGAGCAUGAGAACGAUUUUGUGAAUACGGGCAUAGAACUUCGGUGGUCCUGGAUUUAAAUAAAAUGAACCGACACAUUUUACAUGUGAAAUCAUGUACAAAAAGGUCAUCUUGUAAGUUGCAGUGGGUGUGAUAAAAUCACCAAACGAUCAUCGCUAAACUACAAAACUUUAUACUGUAAUAACGUGACUCAUAAUUUCACCAGUUUGACUUGUGUAUAAAGACCAUGGUCUUCUUAAAUCCAGCCACACUCAAGGAAAAUGUGGGGAAAACAUGACACGAAGAUAAAAAAAAGUGUGCUUCAUAAAACGAAUAUUAGUCAUAUUGCAUCAAUCUUGAAUAUAUACAUUUACAAAUGUAGUCGUCGUGGUAGUGAAACAGAAUAUUAUCUAUCAUUACAAAAAUAUGGUUCGGGUAAUGUGCAUAUGUCUGACAAAUAAAAUGUAUGAUUGUAUACAAAUACAAAUAAAUACAAAAC